AUGUCUACCCAACAAAUUACUCACCCAACUAUCGUUGACGGAUGGUUCAGAGAGAUCUCUGACACUAUGUGGCCAGGUCAAGCCAUGACUUUGAAGGUCGAUAAGGUUUUGCACCAUGAAAAAUCCAAAUAUCAGGAUGUCUUGGUAUUCAAGUCUACUGACUACGGUAAUGUUCUGGUUUUGGACAAUGUCAUUCAAGCCACUGAACGUGAUGAAUUCUCUUAUCAAGAGAUGAUCUCUCACUUAGCUUUGAACUCUCAUCCUAACCCAAAGAAAGUCUUGGUCAUUGGUGGUGGUGAUGGUGGUGUUCUAAGAGAGAUUGUCAAACACGAAUCGAUUGAAGAAGCUUGGCUCUGUGACAUCGACGAAGCUGUUAUCAAUGUUUCCAAGAAGUAUCUGCCAGAAAUGUCCGCUUCCUACUCUCAUCCAAAGGUCAAGACCUACAUCGGUGAUGGUUUCCAAUUCUUAAGAGACUAUCAAAAUACAUUUGAUGUUAUUAUCACUGAUUCGUCUGACCCAGAAGGUCCAGCCGAGAGUUUAUUCCAAGAGGACUAUUUCAAGCUACUGAACAGCGCACUUACCGAAAAGGGUGUCAUCACCACUCAAGCCGAAAGUAUGUGGAUUCACUUGCCUAUCAUUAAAGAAUUGAAAAACGUCUGUAACAAUGUUUUCCCUGUCGCCGAGUAUGCUUACACGACCAUUCCAACCUACCCAACUGGUCAAAUUGGGUUUAUGGUCUGCUCCAAGGAUAAGAACGCAAAAGUGAAGAAGCCAUUGCGUGAAGUGACUGACGAAGAAGAAUCCAAGUUGUACAGAUACUACAACAAGAGAAUCCACGAAGCUUCCUUCGUUUUGCCAACUUGGGUUCAAAAGGAACUAGGCAACUAA